AUGAAUUCUAAAAUUAAAGGUAUAACGGAUGAUAUAACAUCAAUUCCACCAGAAGAACAGAGAUAUUACGCAUUAAAUGCAUUUCCUAAAGUUUUGAAGAUUGGAAGAUUUAAUUUAAAUGAGGAAUUCAUAGAAGGUUUCCUAAAUGACAUAAUGAAGAAGGUGGAUAAGGAAUACGUUAAUACUGAGUUAAAUAAGAAGGCAAAUUUGGUUUAUGUAGAUGAAAAAGAUAAUGAAAUUAAAGAAAAGGUUGAAUGGUAUCAUGAAUGGACAUUGGAGACUUUUAAAGUUAAAGCUGAUACAGGAUGGGUUUCAGGAUGUUUAGACCUUAAAGCAGAUAAAACUUAUGUAGAUGAAAAAGAUAAUGAAAUUAAAGAAAAGGUUGAAUGGUAUCAUGAAUGGACAUUGGAGACUUUUAAAGUUAAAGCUGAUACAGGAUGGGUUUCAGGAUGUUUAGACCUUAAAGCAGAUAAAACUUAUGUAGAUGAAAAUUAUGCAAAGAAGUCGGAAGUAAAUGAUGCGGUUAAUGGUAAAAUUAAUGAAAGAUUUUCGAAUAUAGAUUCAUUAACAGUUAAUGACAUUCAAUUACAUCAUCAAUUACCUGGUCAAAAGAAUGUGGAAUAUAAUAAUCUUACUCAUGUUCUCGAUGGUUUCGAUGAAUUUAGAACAGAUGCAACAAAUGCGAUUACAAGCAUGAAAAAUGAAAUACUUCAAACAUUAUAUCCUAUAGGCUCUAUUUAUACAUCAAUGAACUCAACAAAUCCAGCUGAUGUAUUCGGUUUCGGUACAUGUCAACAAAUAACCGAUCGUUUCCUCUAUUGUGCUAAUA